AUGGAGGUCAACGACCAGGCUGAGGUUGAUUUAUGGGAGAAUUUAAAGAAGGAAACAAGGCAUUUGAUUGAUUAUGACAAGCAAAAUGAUACUGUUGAGCUACUUGAGAUUAUGGAUGCAUUAUGCCUGCUUGGGAUUUCAUAUAAUUUUGAGAGUGAUAUCAAGAAUGUGCUAAGCUUCUUAGCUUCAUCAUUAGGAAGCUUGAGCAAUAUAAUAAAAAAUAAUCUUCAUUGUUCUAGUUUACCCUUUAGGUUCGUUAGAAGUUUCAAUAUUAAAAUUAUGAAUGAUGUAAAGGGAAUGCUAAGUUUGUAUGUGGCAUCAUAUCUUGUUGUUGAAGGAGAGGAUGAUCUAGUUAAUGCAGUGGAAUUUACAACUAAACAUUUAAGUAAUUCUCUUAAGGAACCAUUGCUUAUUAAUCCUCUACUAGUUGAACAAAUAAGUCAUGCCUUGGAGCUUCCUUUAUAGUGGAGAAUGUCAAGGUUGCACACUAGGUGGUUCAUUGAUGCUUAUGAGAGGCAAGAUAACAUGAAUCAUAGCUUGCUUGAGUUUGCUAAACUAGAUUUCAACAUGGUGCAAGGCAUAUGCAAGAAGGAAGUUAAGGAGAUGUCUAGUUGGUGGAAGAGUAUUGGUCUUGCUGGUGAUGAGUUUAGUUUUGCAAGAGAUAGAUUGAUGGAGAACUAUUUUUGGGCAAUGGGAUGUGCUUUUGAGCCACAUUUUUUGAGAUGUAGGAAGGAGAUUACCAAGUUAGCUUCUUUAAUUACAACAAUUGAUGAUAUUUAUGAUAUCUAUGGUUCAGUAGAAGAACUUAUGCUCUUUACAAACGCCGUUGAUGAAUGGAAAAUCGAUGAGAUCCAGUCACUUCCAAAUUGUAUGAAGACAGCUUUGCUAGUACUUAUCAAUACAAUGAAUGAUACAGCAUGUGCAUUUUCAAAAGAAAAAGGAUUAGACAUUCUUCCACAACUAAAACGAGUGUGGGGAGAUCAAUGCAAAGCAUAUUUAGUGGAGGCAAUAUGGUAUAAUACAAGAUACAUUCCCUCCCUAAACGAGUACAUGGAAAAUGCAUGGCUUUCAGUUGCUAUUGCUUUGGUGAUAAAUGCUGCAUAUUUAUUAAGUGAAGACUUAACCAAAGAAGCUCUAAAUAGUCUUGAGUUCUACUUUGAUGUUACUCGUUACUCAUCUAUGGUUACUCGUCUAUACGAUGACUUGGGAACAUCUACGGAUGAGCUUCAAAGGGGUGACAUACCAAAAUCAAUUCAAUGUUACAUGAAUGAGACAAAUGUUUCUGAAGUUGUUGCACGGGACCAUAUAAGAAAAUUGAUCAAAAAAUAUUGGAAAUUAUUUAAUGGUGAAUAUUUUUCUAAUUUCAACUUGGAGGAGUCUUUCAAACGAUAUGCGCUAAACUUACCUCGAAUGGCACAAUGCAUAUAUCAAUAUGGAGAUGGGUAUGGAAAGCCAGAUCGGGAAACUAGGGAUAGAAUAAUCUCUUCACUAAUUAAGCCCAUUCCUCUAUGA